AAGCUGCCAUCUUCAAAAUCAACAAGUCGAGUUUACAAUCCAUUGUUUAAACGCCUUUGGUCUAACAAGCAAGGCAUGACAACAUCUUAACUCGUCUUCCUCAUUUAAUAUAAUCCAAAAUGGCUCCUGGGCAGAAGAUGUACCCGAGGGCGACGGUGAAGAAGAUUGUGAAAGCGCAUUCAAACUGCAACGUUAGCAAGAACGUCGAUGUCAUGAUAUUCCUCGACUACGUGCUCUUCAUGCAAACACUCAUGAAGGAGGCGGCUAUUGACGGAAAACAAGCUGGCGAAAGAGGGAUAAGUGCUAGGAGCGUGAAGAAAGCUACUGCGGAUACCCUGGCCAAGUUUAAGGGAUGAAAUAGAACGAGCUUACCAAGCAUCGUCGGAACUAUGGUGGCCAGCCUUGAUAUACAUAUCAUGAGCCAACCAAUGAGCAUGUUUAGCGUAUUCCGAGCCUAGACAUAGUUGAAGUGUGUCCUUUGGUUCUUGUCUCACCUCGAUCAAGCGCGCCUUGCGCGAGGUAACGAGUGGGUGGAUACAUCAGGCUUCUCCGGAUCGGACUCGGUGGAAGUCGCUGGUGGUUUUGGUAUAGCGCAUAGAUCGCGUAUGCUCAGCCUUGCUUACUGCCUAGCACACAGGUACAAGGCUUUCAAGUAUGGUAUUUAUUGAAGACGCAACAUGGCCAGAUACAUGGAAACCUAACUUGGUACCUAAGGAUAGGGAUGACUAUACAGAAACGGAUCAACAAUAGGAGAGGCAUUAACUGAAUAAAAUGUGAAACGUUGCGCAGUACAAACUAAACUAGGUACUAAAGAUUAUAUGGACUAGAUAGUUGUGAAUUUGACCUUUUUUUUUUCA